CCCAGCCCGGGAGCUCACACUCAGGCUGGCCGGCCAUGGGGCGGCGGGCCCCGGCGCUGAGACUGCUGCAGGCGCUGGCGAUUCUGGUGCUGAAGCCGUCACCGCUACAGCCCCGAGAGCUGCCAGGGUCGCGCUGCCCCGAGCCCUGCCACUGCGUCCCUGACGGCGCCCUGCGCUGCCCCGGCCCUCGCGACGGCCUCUCCCGACUAUCACUCACCUAUCUCCCUGUCAAAGUGAUCCCAUCCCAGGCUUUCAAGGGACUUAAUGAGGUCAUAAAAAUUGAAAUCUCUCAGAGUGAUUCCCUGGAAAGGAUAGAAGCUAAUGCCUUUGACACCCUCCUCAAUUUGUCUGAAAUACUGAUCCAGAACACCAAAAACCUGGUAUACAUUGAACCUGGUGCUUUUACAAAUCUCCCUCGGUUAAAAUACCUGAGCAUCUGUAACACCGGCAUCCAAACCCUUCCAGAUGUUACGAAGAUCUCCUCCUCUGAAUUUAAUGUCAUUCUGGAAAUCUGUGAUAACUUACACAUAACCACCAUACCAGGGAAUGCUUUCCAAGGGAUGAGUAACGAGUCCAUCACACUCAAACUGUAUGGAAAUGGAUUUGAAGAAGUACAAAGCCAUGCAUUCAAUGGGACGACGCUAAUCUCGCUGGAGCUAAAAGAAAACAUCUACCUGGAGAAGAUGCACAGUAGAGCCUUCCAGGGAGCCACAGGGCCCAGCAUCCUGGAUAUUUCUUCCACCAAAUUGCAGGCCCUGCCGAGCCACGGGCUGGAGUCCAUUCAGACCCUCAUCGCUACCUCAUCCUACUCACUGAGAACACUGCCCUCCAGAGAAAAAUUCACCAGCCUCCUGGUUGCCACGCUGACUUACCCCAGCCAUUGCUGCGCCUUCAGGAAUUUGCCAAAGAAAGAACAGAAUUUUUCAUUUUCCAUUUUUGAAAACUUUUCCAAACAAUGUGAAAGCACAGUAAAGAAACCAAAUAAUGAAACGCUUUAUUCCGCCAUUUUUGAGGAGAGCGAACUGAGUGGCUGGGACUACGAUUACGGCUUCUGCACACCCAAGACACUCCAAUGCAUUCCAGAACCAGAUGCUUUUAAUCCCUGUGAAGAUAUCAUGGGCUAUGCCUUCCUGAGGGUCCUGAUUUGGCUGAUUAAUAUCCUAGCCAUCGUUGGCAACCUGACCGUCCUCUUCGUCCUCCUGACAAGCCGUUACAAACUGACAGUGCCCCGUUUCCUCAUGUGCAAUCUCUCCUUCGCAGACUUUUGCAUGGGGCUCUAUCUGCUGCUCAUUGCCUCCGUGGACUCCCAGACCAAAGGCCAGUACUACAACCACGCCAUAGAAUGGCAGACCGGGAGCGGCUGCAGCGCCGCUGGCUUCUUCACGGUGUUCGCAAGCGAACUUUCUGUCUACACCCUUACAGUCAUCACUCUAGAACGGUGGCACACCAUCACCUACGCUGUCCAGCUGGACCAGAAGCUGCGACUGAGACAUGCCAUCCCAAUUAUGCUGGGAGGGUGGCUCUUUUCUACGCUGAUUGCCGCGCUGCCCCUUGUGGGUGUCAGCAAUUACAGGAAGGUCAGCAUCUGCCUCCCCAUGGAUGUAGAAUCUACUCUCUCACAAGUCUACAUAUUAUCCAUCUUGAUCCUCAAUGUGGUGGCCUUCAUCAUCAUCUGUGCUUGCUACAUUAGGAUUUACUUUGCAGUUCAAAAUCCAGAGCUGGUGGCUACUAACAAGGAUACGAAGAUUGCCAAGAAGAUGGCCAUCCUCAUCUUCACGGACUUUAUGUGCAUGGCACCGAUCUCUUUUUUUGCCAUCUCUGCUGCCUUCAAAGUGCCCCUAAUCACUGUCACCAACUCGAAAGUUUUACUGGUCCUUUUUUAUCCUGUCAAUUCUUGUGCCAAUCCAUUUCUGUAUGCAAUUUUCACGAAGGCAUUUCAAAGAGAUUUCUUUCUGCUGCUGAGCAAAUUUGGCUGCUGUAAACACCGGGCUGAACUUUACAGAAGGAAGGAAUUUUCUGCAUAUACCUCCAACUGCAAAAACAGCUUCCCGGGAUCUAGAAAGCCUUCCCAAGCUGCCCUGAAGUUGUCCACAGUGCACUGCCAACAUUCUGCUGUCCCAGACAAGACCUGCCACCAAGAAUGCUAAUUUAGUAACCGCACUAUUGAAUUGUACUUAAAUAUGUAAAAGAAAAAAGUCUAUCUGAAUUAGUCACUUUAAAAUAAUGCAUCUUAGAAAAAUAUUUAUUCUUAGGCACUUUAGGAGAAAUGCACUUGGUUCAGAGGGUGGCCCAUGACCAGUGGUCAUUGGAACUGGGCAAUCAGAACUGCCCUCUGAAACUUGACGACAUAAAUUUCAGGAGUUUAGAAACUUUUAUAAUAAUUUAGACAGAGUAAUUUUGUGUGUUGAAUCAAAUAUUAAGAAAACCUAAGGUGUCAUUUUUGCACAUCUUUGGUCUUUUUCACUUCAAUCUUGUAAUUUUUGUUGUAAUCUCCAAAGUAUCAGUUCAUAACAGACUGGAAAUUUUAAGUGGUCCUUGCCCUCAAAUAGUUUGAUAAACACAUUUGGAGACAUACUGGGCAGUGUGGUAGCCAUGAGCCUUACACGGUAAAUAAAAGUUUCUUAGCCACGUUCCAAGUGCUUCGUGUGUGUGACUAGUACCGCACAGUACAGAUGCAAACUGUUUUCAUCGUUGUAGGGAAUUUCACGAGACAGCUCUGUUCUGGAGACUUCUGUUUCCUCUUUACGUCCCAUUCACUUAACUUGCCGUCUGACGGCUCAUUUCUGCAUACCUGUCUGGCUUGCAGAUCAUGAACACCUGGUGGGCAGGAAACCAUCUCAGCCCACUCAGCUUCCUCAUCUCUUCCCUCUGGAUCUUGGAAAUGAUACACAAUCAAUGUGCCCAGUUGAAUUGACUAAAUCUGCAAGGAAAUGUAUUUCUAGAGCCUUUGACUUUCUAAGCAAAAUAAGAUACUUAAAUAUUGAAAAUGAUUAACUUACAUUAUUUUCCAUCCUUUGCAGUUUACUGAAAAAUAUAUCUUAUAUUUGUUAGAAACAUUUUUUUCUUACUAUAAAAUAUAAGUUUUAAGACUUACAUUUAGGACAACUGAAAGAUCUAAUUGCAGCACUUCUGUUUGCUGCUUCGACUUUUUUAUCAAAAGUUCAUUAUACACCCAACAUCUUGGGGUUUUUUAAAUUAUUUUAUUUUAUUUGGUUUUUCGAGACAGGGUUUCUCUGUGUAGCUUUGGCACCUUUCCUGGAUCUUGCUCUGUAGACCAGGCUGGCCUCGAACUCACAGAGAUCCACCUGGCUCUGCCUCCCGAGUGCUGGGAUUAAAGGCGUGCGCCACCACCACCCAGCGUAUUUUUUCUAUUUUUUAUUAUGUAAUUUCACCAACUAUGUAAUUUCACCAACCGAAUUUUCAUAAAACUCUAUGGAGCAGAUGCCGUUCAUCUUACAUGAGAGAAAAACUGAUUAUCAUUUUUAAAAGGACUGAAAACUACGAAGAGAUUCACUAUAAGGGGAUUCGGUCUCAAAGCUCUCCCAAAUCCUAGCCUCUUAAUGAUUCCCAUAUUGGUAAUCAUGGUUUUCCAAGAGUUACUUUGACUUGAAAUACACCAAAAAAUAAGAUACGUUCAUGGAUGGACAAACAAAUAAAAACUGGAUAGAAGCCGGGCGGUGGUGGCGCACGCCUUUAAUCCCAGCACUCGGGAGGCAGAGGCAGGCGGAUCUCUGUGAGUUCGAGGCCAGCCUGGGCUACCAAGUGAGUCCCAGGAAAGGCGCAAAGCUACACAGAGAAACCCUGUCUCGAAAAACCAAAAAAAAAAAAAACUGGAUAGAAAGGUUUUGUUACCUAACAAUUCAUAUACAUUCAAAGUUCCUUAAAUUUUCCCCAGUAUUGUAUCAUGAACAUUCAAAUGUAUAGAAAUGUUGAAGGAACUAUUAGUGAACAUCCAUAUACCACCACCAUUUACAGUCAGCAAUAUUUACUAUAAUGGCUUUCUUAUACUACUAUGUAAUUAUCUGUUAUUUAUCUGUCCGCUAAUGUGUCUUAUAUUUGAUAUUUUGAAGUAAUUUGCAGACAUCAGCCUUACACAAAAGUAUAUACUGUACAACCCCACGCACAUGAACCUUAGCGCUCUUAUUCACCAGAGUGUAAUUCAGUAUUUAUUUACAUCUUAGGUAUAAUUUACAUGCAGAGAAAUGGACAAAUCUUAAGUGUGCUACUUGAGUUUUGAGAAUUGCAUGCACCGGUGUGACCCAAGCUUCUGUCAAGAAUUAGCACACUGUUACCAUUAGAGAGGGGCUCAGCCCUAUCACAGGGGUGCUAAUGGCCAGAUCUCUGUUUUCCACAGAUUAGUGUUUCCUGUCCUAGACGUCACAUAAGUGCAGUUAUAUAAUACAUACGCUUUGUCACAAGGUUUCUGGGACUCAGUAUAAUGUUUUUGCUAUUUAUCCACUUAAUUGCUUGAAUCUGUUUAUUCCUUUUCAUUGCUGAUUAAUAUUCUACCAUAGAAUCCUCCUGCUGGUGGAUAUCUUGAGUAUUGUAUUAAAUAAAUGUCUAGCCAUAACUAGACUCUACACGUUCAGUUUGGUCUUAGUUCUUAGGUCAUUAUGGAAAAUGAUUCAAAGAUUAUAAGCGUUAAAAAAAAAUCUUCUGUGUUACACAUGGAUGGCUUUUCUGCUCCAUAAUGAAUGACUUGGUUCAGAUGGAGCUCUCUGGAGCUCAUUCUAGAGUCUGUCUUAGUGAUACAGCAGAAUACUAACUCAGCAUGCUACUAUGUAACUACUUGAUUGUUCUUUCUGAUUCAUAAAUCCCAGAAACAAAACAACUUAGUAAGAAAAAAAAAAGUAAAAGAAGAAGAUUGAAGAUUCAGACGCAUCCUUGUAAAUCAGCUCUUAAGCCAGCACACAUUCAAAUAGUUUGUGACUAGAGAACUCAGAGUAUGCUCUGAAAGCAAUUCAUGACCUCUUACCCAGAUAGUGAUCUUUAUUUUCUACAUUAUAACUUAAGGUUUAAUAAAUGAAGUCACAGUUUGCCGUCCCCCUUGUUCCCAUAUCCUCCCACCCAUAAGAUUUAUAUUUUAAUUGUCCUCCAACCCAGGUCUUUACUUAUAUCCCUAGUACCAUGCGUACAUCCCAGGACAUUCCUCCACUUACUCCUGGACUAUGCCAUAGCUACCUAAUUUGUAUUCACACCCAGUCUUUUCCAAGUCCUCUCCAUCACUGACAAACCCUCCUGAAAUCCUGUUUCAUCUCAUUACGUGCCUGCAUAGAAUUCCCAAGCAACUCAUCAGCACCUGGAAAGUGUACAUGCCCACUCGUAGGCUAACACUCGGAGAAUAUGGACUCUGUCCUCAGAUCUGCUCAUCCUCUCUGUUACUUUCUUCAUGAAACAAACUGACCCAGUUACACUUCCCUAAGGCGUUCUCUUCCACCUCCGUGCUAAAACCUAUGCCACUCGUACAUCAGAGUAAUGUAUCCCUUGUCCUCUCUCUACUGGCUUUGGAGUCCAAACUGCCGGUUUACCUACUUCAACAAACGCUCUUUGAUCUAUUCCUUCCCUAAAGCAUUACAGUUAAGACACCUCCUCUGUGUAAAACUAGGGACAUAAUAAAUAUGUAACCCACAAUGGUCUUUCUCUGCAGACUUCUUUAGCCUGCAUGAAUGUCCGUGUGCCACAUGUGUACUACAUGCGUGUCUGGUACCCACAGAGGCCAGAAGGGGGCGUCAGAUCCCUUGGAACUGUAGUUACAGAUAGCUCUGAGCAACGUGUGGGUGCUGGGAAUCAAACUCUGAUCCUCAGGAAGAGCAACCAGCGCUCUGAAGCGCUGAGCCAUCACUCCAUCUCCUACAGACUUCAUGAGCAUUCUUCUGUAUCACCUUUUCUGUCUCCCCACACUGGAGUAUUAAUUACCUACACGAGUCCCUCUUUAUGUUCACCUAUGUUAGGAAGAUAAACUACUUUCAUUUAACAACCUCAUUUUCCAAACUGGUUCAUUUUUGUAACUAAAAUAUAAAACUGCCUUUGUUAAGUAUUUCAUGUAUGACAUGUCUAGAAUGUGUGUUACAUCUGUACAGGCCCUCAUGGCUAAAUCAUAAACAGUCGGACACUCAAUAAUUUUGUAUCUCUUGUAUUUUUUCACUGUUAGAUAUUGUCAGGAGUGAAUUGCAAAAUGACUUAAAAGGACUAAGCUAUCUGGAAUAAACCAUCUAAACUUAU